AUGGAAUCAACUUCAAGCAAAUCAGGUAUUGCAGCAUUUUUUGCAAGCUGAAGCAACAUAGUCUUUUUUCCUUUAGAAAAAGUGAAAUACCAUAUGACAGUGUCGUCUCCAUAUUCGAAAAAUUAUAUUCCAUAUUAUAAAAAUUCAGUUGAAGCUUUUAAGUCAUUGAGCUCCCAAGGUAUUAACUCACCCUCCAUUAAUAUGGAACAAAAAAUCCUGUUUCAAUUAAAGUGGGUCAAUUUUCUCUAAAAAAUAAUUAUAUUAAAUUUCUCUAUUUUAUAAAUGUUUAAAAAAUAUAAAUUGAACGCAAUAUUUUGAAUUUUAAAAUUUUUUUUAUAAAGAAUUAAUCCAAAAAAAAAUUGAAUGUGAUGCUGUUUAAAUAAUAUUCUGCUUGCACUUUGUCAAUUAACUUAUUUUGUAACAUUAAUAUUUUCUUAAAGGAAAUUAAGUACCCAAAAAAUCGAUAAAUACUCAAAUUUAAGGGGAGAGGGAGUAAGCAGUUGUACAGAGGGUGGCAUUUUCAAAUAAUUUCAAGCAUUUCUUGGUCAGUUUAUUUUUAUAUUUAUGAAUCUAUGAAAAGAUUGAGUAGGAAAUAUAAUAUCGUCAAGCAUACAGAAUUUGAAAAGUUCUCCAUAGCAGCACUGUCAUCGUUUAUAAGCAACUUUGUGCUGAAUCCAAUUACUGUGGUUAAAACACGUGCUUUGCUAAUAAGAAAUAGCGAGCAUUGAGUUUCAGACACUAUUGACUCAACUGUAAAGACUUGGAAACUUGAAGGGAUAAAAGGAUUUUGAAGAGGAUACUGAAUUGGGAAUUUAUUGGGACUAAAUGGAGCUUUUACAGUCUACUUCUAUGAAUUGUUCAAAAAUAUUUUAAACGCUGACAAUGACUACAGGAAAAUUUCUUUAGCAGGAGGGCUCAGCAAGCUUGCUGCUUCAAGCAUGAUCUUCCCAGUUAAUUUAAUAAAAAUUCGUAUCCAGCAAGAACAACACAUUGACAACAUUUUAUUGAAAGCGAAGAACAUAGAUAAAGCCAGUCCUAAUUCCAACAUUCUUUACUAUGGACUAAGAGACUGCAUUUCUGAUGUUUGGAAUACCGGCGGCUUCAGAGGGUUUUAUCGUGGCCUAGGAAUCACUUUAGUCCGAGUAAUCCCUGCCCAGGCACUUUUUUUUACAGUUUAUGAGUUUAUCCUCCACACUUUAGCCUAG